UGUCACUCUUUUAUCGUCCCGACAAAACGCUGUGCGUGUCGAAAGCUCCUGCGCGGAUACCCGACAAUGAGAAGGGGCGGAGGCGGUGGCGGAGAUCGGUAUAGGAAUCCAUGCCUGACGAUGCACCAGCCAUGGGCAUCCCUCCUUGUCCAUGGCAUCAAGCGCAUCGAAGGCCGAUCUUGGCCUGCUCCCAUCAAUGGUCGGAUCUGGAUUCAUGCUGCGGCGAAGGUCCCGGAACCGGAUACCAUCAAGGUGAUGGAGGAUUUCUACAGAGAGAUUUAUGCGGUGAAUGGGAUCAUUGACAUUAAGUUUCCUGAUCACUAUCCAGUUUCCAGGCUCUUAGGGUGUGUUGAAGUGGUUGGUUGUGUGAAGAGUGAAGAGCUGGUAUGCUGGGAUGAAGUACCAGAAUCGGUGAGGUUCGAAGGUUUGACGCAGUUUUGCUGGCUCUGUGAAAAUCCACAGAAACUGCUUGUACCUUUUGAAAUGCGGGGCUAUCAAGGGGUUUAUAACUUGGAGAAAAAGAUUUACGAUGCUGCAAUCAGAGGCCUACGUCCAGUGAAAGGCCCCCUACCAGUGAAGUUUCCACUUCCAGAUAUUUCAAACCCAUUGUCAUUGAAGCCUGGAUCACUUCCAUCAUGCAAAACUGGCUCUAAAUUAUCAGAACCGGGGCACUCAUGUAGUGUUAGUGUGGCUAUAGCCGGUGCCAAAGCUGCAGCUACACAGUUUUCAAAGAAAGAUCAGAGUCAAAGCAAUCAUGAAAUCCGCAAGCAUAAUGAUCAAAAGCUCGAUAUGAAUUAUCCUUCUGGAACCCGCCAUAUUCUACCUCAGGAAAUGGAUACAAGGAUGUCCAGUUUGACAAAUGAUAGUGUGCCUGCCAAGAACUCCCUUGAUCAGCAAGCUCACAUAGAAGUUGGGGGAAACAGCAGAAGUUAUACACUGGAAGCUAACAGUCGUAGUAGCUCGCAUCCUGGGGCACCUUCGCAUAAGCUUUUUGCAGCAGCACUGAAAGGACUAAGUUCAAAAUAAGGAGCCCGAAACAUCUGAAAAAGCAUUCACUGACAGAGAUAAAGCAUGGAGUAUAAAUCGCAUUGAACUGAAUUAGUUAGAGAUCCUGCACUAAUACCAUAUACCAGUUCUUAUCUUCGUUUGUAUAUUUAAGGAUUGAUGUAAUUAACAUAAAUAUGGCAACAGAUAGGUGAUCCAGUAACAUUAUAUUUGUUUGAGAGGUCAAUAACAUGUAGAAAUUAUUUGUGGAACAGUGACAGGUUGGUGAUUUAUUAACAUUAUAUCUGUUUGAGAUGCCAAUAACAUGUAUAAGUUAUUCAA